AUGGUCGGGUGCUGGGGGAGCAGUGGCCGUAUCAGGCUCAAGAGCCCUAAACUAAGACUUCUCAAGCAAGGCGAUAACUUCCUUCUCUUCCUAACUCUUCUAGAGGAUGAGAAAGACCCAAAAUAUUGGAAUGCGAGAGCCAGGCAGACUCUGGAAUCUGCACUCCAGCUGACCCCAGUGGCCCAUCGAGCGAAGAACAUUAUCCUUUUCCUGGGAGACGGCAUGGGCGUCCCCACCAUCUCUGCAGCCCGCAUCUACAAGGGCCAGCUGGAAGGAGGCUCCGGCGAGGACGCUGUGCUGGCGAUGGAGAAAUUCCCCUACAUGGCCCUGUCCAAGACUUACAACGUUGACCGGCAAGUGGCAGACAGUGCCGGAACGGGGACUGCCUACCUGUGUGGGGUGAAAGCCAACGCCAAGACUUUGGGCGUGAGUGCCACGGCCGUCUACAACCAGUGCAAUACCACCUUUGGCAACGAGGUGAACUCCAUCCUACAUCGGGCAAAGUUGGCAGGCAAGGCUGUGGGGAUUGUGACGACCACCCGCAUCCAGCACGCCUCUCCGGGGGCCUCCUAUGCCCACUCGGUCAACCGGGAGUGGUACGCCGACGACGACUUGCCAGAAGAUGCCCUCCGGGAGGGCUGCAAAGACAUCGCUUACCAGCUGGUCCACAACACAGACAUCGAUGUGAUCCUGGGAGGGGGCCGGAAGUAUAUGACCCCCCAGCAGACCCCGGAUCCUGAAUAUCCAAGGCAGAACGGGACUCGGAACGAUGGCCUGAACCUCAUUGAAAUGUGGCUGAGCAACAAGGAGGGGGCCCAGUACGUCUGGAAUAAAACCGGCCUUGAAGCUGUGGAUGAAAACUCCACCAACUAUCUCCUGGGCCUCUUUGAGCCCAAGGACUUGAUGUACGAGCUGAAUCGGGACAACGCCACCGACCCUUCCCUCGUGGAGAUGACCGAGGUGGCCCUUCGCAUCUUGAGCAAGAACCCCAACGGCUUCUUCCUCUUCGUGGAAGGAGGCAGAAUCGACCACGGACACCAUCAAGGCAAAGCCAAGCAAGCGCUGAUGGAGGCCGUGAUGCUGGACCGGGCAGUGGAGCGGGCCGGAGAGCUGACCAACGCCUCAGAGACCCUCAUGGUGGUGACGGCUGACCAUUCUCACGUCUUCACCUUUGGGGGGAGCACACCGCGUGGCAACAACAUCUUUGGUCUGGCGCCCAAAAGUGCCAAGGACAAGCGGCCGUACACCAGCAUCCUCUACGGGAACGGGCCCGGCUACUCCGUCAGGAAUGGCAAACGGCAAGAUGUUCGCUCCGUUGACUUAGACGACAAGGACUACCGGCAGCAGGCAGCCGUGCCGCUGGAAACUGAGACCCACGGCGGUGAAGAUGUCGCCAUCAUGGCCAGAGGACCCAUGGCUCACCUUUUCCACGGCAUCCAGGAGCAGAACUACGUUGCCCACGUAAUGGCCUACGCAGGCUGCAUCGAGCCCUAUCACAAAGACCCAGAAUGCCUGACACCGGAUCAGCCAUCGGGCGGCGCCGGCCUCUCCCGACACCCCUUUCUCCUUCUGCUGCCUUUAUGGAUAUGCCUUUUGGUGCAGGAGAAGAGACGGUGA